CGUCAAAUCAACACGCGCGGACCAAAUCUUCGAGCGUCGGCCUUCUCGCACGUGGUGGAUACAUACCGAUAGGUGAGAGCCAUUGACGUCUCGCACGACGUUGUCAACAUGGCACAAAGUACUGGAUCGGUGUGGGAUAUCUUGGAUGGAUCCAAGGACAUCGUCGGUCGUCCUGCAACGGCCAGCCCAAACGCAUCGCACGACCAGCGACGGGCCGAAUCUACCAAUUCAGCAACUCCAGAACACACAGCGGCACAGCUGUGGCAACAUAGCCAAGACCUGACCAUGCUUCGACGGACACCGCCUUCGUACUUUGUCGUGCAGAGGGGAAACCAAGUAACGUUGCCGUUGCUUCGGUGGACGUUUCGCGGGUUUUCCAUGGCGUUGUGGAUGCGUUUGCCGCUGUCCCAAGAAGGCAAGAAGAUUCGACUGUUCAAAUUCUACAGCACGAGCAAAAGUCAGGGCAUCGAAUGCUGGAUCACCCCCCACACCGACGACAGAAUGGCGUUGACCGUGUCGUCCAUCACCGACGACAAGGGGUGGCGCCACGUGAGCUCCCAGUUCCAAUGGACGCCGGACACGUGGCACUUCGUCGUGGUGUGCCACCGCCAGCACUACCUCAAGAAGAGCCACGUCGUGAGCUAUGUUGACGGCAUGCGCGUGAUAAACGAAGACCUGUCCUUUCCGACACCCCUGGGUCCCAUGGUGCAAUGCCUCAUCGGUGGCGCCGACGUCAACACGACCAUGGGCACGAGUCACAUGUCCGGCAUGACCAUGUACGAAGACGAGCUCCAUAUCGACGCUAUCGCGGCGUUGUAUCGACAUGGCCCCACGGAAACCUGCUUGCGACGCAUCCCCACGGGCGUGAGUCCGUUUCUGCACUCCGUCGUCGCGUCCGACGCGCUGUGCCCUCUCACUAGCGUGGAUAAACGAUCUCUUGGCCAACUCAGCUCGAAUGCAAAGGUCGUGUUCUCGUUCAACGCCCAAGAUGCGUUGCUCGUUGUGCCAGACGAAAGCCCGACGAAGCAGCCGCCGCCGCCAUCUCCCAUUUCCCCGUCCUACCUGUGCGUGCAGUGGACGAGCGAAGGCGACGUCGACAGCGACGCCGGCUGGACGCGGUUCAAGAUGGACGCGGCGUUUCUCCCGCAGGAGCAGAUCCACCUCGACGGCGCCGUCUCGGUCGUGGCGCAGCCCAACCGCAGCGACGCCUGGUUCCGCCACGGCGGCAUCCUCGCCAUCCCCGUGUUGCUCGACCAGUUGCUCACGUCCAACUCGAUCACGGCGACGUUGCUUAGCGAUGCGCUGCACGUGAUGCAGGAGUUGCUGCGGUCGAGUGUGGCGCACCAAGAAGACAUGCUGCACGGGUACGGCUUCCACGUGCUCAGCCACGUCCUGCGAAUGCAUGCUACGCACGACAUGGCCGACCUCUUGACCCCGAGUAUCGCCACCACGGUCGUGGAAUUAGUGUUGAACCUGUGGCCCGAAUCUCUCGACAAACCAAUUGCCGAGCAUGCGAUGCUGCCCCCAUUGUUGUUUGCUGCGGGUGUGCACGGGUUGCUGCUCGACUUUCACCUGUGGACGUUAGCUCCAUACAAGACGCAGAGCCUGCUCAUUCAGCAACUCGUGGCCUUUGUAACCCAGCAUCCGCGGUGCUUUGAAGGCGUUGUCCAAGCCCAACACAUCCUCGACAUCUUGCGCACGUUUUACGCCGCUGACGUCAACGUGCUCGAAUCUGACAAGACAAAGCAGCAGGAGCAACGGCAGUGGAUCGACGAGUGCGUGGCCUCGCUCGUGCUGCUGCUGCAUCGGUCGCUGGCCGCCGCAGACGACAAGGACGUGCUGCACGUCGCCGCCGUCCGGCUUCCGUUUCGCGUCGUCACAGAUCUGCGCGCGAUCGGUCGGUUUCUCCUCACGGCCACAACAGACAACGCCGUCGUCACGCGCGCCGUUUUGGCCCAUUUGUGCGACACGGUCGAGAAAUCCGAGCCUUCCAAAACCAUGGCGUGUGUGGCCGCCAACGUCGUCGAGGCGGCCGUGCAUUUGAUGGGUCCAAAGCACGGCUGGGGCGUGCGCACCUCUGCCAUGCGUCUGUUUGUGCUUCUGUUUGAAUGGCUCGAGACGGACAGCGGGCGGUCGCUCGUCCAGUCGGUUGAACGGACGUACCAAGCCGAAUCGGUGGCCGACCCCAAGCUCUGGAACGACCUGGCCCACGAUAAUGUGUUCAACAUGGGGCUACAGCACUCGAUGGUGCUCAACGACUUGACCAGCAACCGCCACAGCAUGGACAUCCUGCCUCUGUCGGACCAGUCGACCCUUCCGCCCCCACCCCCCCCCCCCCCUUUGUCUUCUUCUUCGUCUCCACCUCCUCCGCCAACCCGCAAAGAGUCGAAAGAUGCAAGCAAGCAACAACCGCCUUCGUGGUGGAAGCAACUGGUGGCGUCGUCGAAUCGACUGGUGCUCACGUACGCAGACCGCCUGACCGUGCUUCGGUCCAUUGCGCUGCGCCAGAUGAGCCUCCACCAAGCAAAGUCUUGCCACGACGCUGAAUCAUUGCACUUUGCGGUCGGCGCGAGCAUGCAGUGGCUGCUUGCGCUGCCGCUGCGAGGCCUGCUUCCGUUCGUGUCGAGCUUGUUCUUGCGUUGUUCGACGACGAUCGAGUCCCAAUGCGACCGCGAGAAGAUGCUCAUGGAAAUCAGCGUCGGCGUCAAGACCGACGCUCAAGUGCAGUUAGACUUGUUGGCUCAGCCGUCGUGGGUCGUGUGGCUCGGCGACCUCUUGGCGUCAUGUGAAAGCGACGACCCCACAGGCCAAGACCUCGUACUCGACACGAUCGUCACGCUCCUGUGCCGGGCGCUGUACAACUCCAACGGGUGUUUGUGCGUUGACCAGCUGUUUGCGAGGUUUCCGAGUCUGCCGUGGCGCCGCCGGGUGCUGGCGCUGGUGUUCCUGCGAACAGCCCGCAACAAAUCCAUGCUCAGCCGCGCCGUGAGUGAAAAUCUGUACCGGUUGUUGAUGCUCGCGACGUUUUUACUGGCUCAAGAAGCCCCCGACCACGUCGAGUACCUCUUGACGGCGUGUGUAGACGUGACGGAAAUGCUCUUGGAAAGCACCCACAGCAAACACCGCGCAGGCAUCAUCCCCGGGCUGCGACUGUGUCGCAUGUACCUGUCGCAGCUUCCGACGUCACCACUUCCCCGGCGGAUGCUCCAGCUGCUCGCCAGUGGGUUGCAGCAAGAAGUGAGCCAGCGCCUGCCCAUCGACGAGAGCAUCCAAACCCACGACAUGCUGCUUCGGGUGCUUACUAGUCUGGCGGUGGCACAUCCGUCCGUCGACUGCAGCGAGCUGGUGCUGCGGAUCGCCACGUGUGGCCUCUUUGACAAGCAAGAGGAGCUGUCCGUCGAUCGAUUGAGCUCCAUGGACGCCGCGUCGGCCGUCCAGCACGUGUUUGAGAUUCUCGUGGUCGGUGCACGCGAGAGUUUGCACGAGGACGAGGUGGUCGAUUGGUCGCUGUGGGUGCCCAAGUGGUUUCCCCAGUCAAGUGUGUCGAGUUCCCCCAUUGCGUCCGUGGUCGCCGCUGCCUCCCAAGUAGAAGAGAAGCGGAUGGGCGAAACAAUCAAGGAUAUUGCCAAGAAAGAACUCGACCGCAUGACCUCCCUCGAUGCAGGCGUGCACCGGCGGCAGCAGUGGACGGCCCGAAGCUGGGACCAGUGCCGAUACAAAGUGCUAUCGGAGCAAAUCCGUUGGGAGGAUGUGUCGUUGGAUGGUUGCUGCAGUAUCUACCCCCCCACCUCGUCCCCUCCAACGCAUGAGUACCAGUUGACGCGGCAUGAGACGCCGUUCCCGUCGCGGCGACGGCAUCGCAUGGACGUGUACUUCAAGCCCACGCUAUUGUGUGCACCAACGACUCCUCCCCCCCUGGUCAUGUCGACGGACGAACUGGAAAAAGUGGGCCGGGCGAUCGCCACACAAGGCGGGGCCGUUCUCAACAACGAGACCAUCCCAGACGACAAUACAUCCGACUUUGACGCCAUGCCACCGCCGUCGCCGCGACGGACAGACGCCGACGAAGCUGAUGACAAGGACGACGAGGAUGAGGUCAUGUCGAUGCCGUCGCACGGGUUUGCGUUCCUCCAUCCGUCGAGCGGACGGGGCCUAGAUCCCAACGAUCGCGUGUACUUGCAACCCCUGGUUCGAAAGGUGGUGCCGGAAGGACUCGUCCUGGGCUCAUUGAGCAUUUGCGACCACGCGGCCGUGUUCCAGCCCACCCAGUCGAGCGAGUCGGACGACGUCGAAGUGGCGUCUGGUCUGCAGGGGACGCACCGGUGGGCGUGGAAGGACGUGGUCGCCGUGUACUUGCGGCGCUUUCGGCUGCGCGAGUCGGCGGUCGAACUGUUUGUCCAAGACGGAACGGCCCACUUUCUCGAUUUCCACGUGCCUGACUUGUCGUCCGUGGCCGUUCGAGACGAAAGCGUGCGCCUCAUUCUCGCCAUGUGCCCCCGCGCAACCAUCAAGCAGUGGCCGAUGAUGUCUCCCAGCCGCCUCAUCGGCAACUUGACCAAGGAGUGGCAGGCCCGCCUCGUGUCCAACUACGAUUACUUGAUGGCGUUGAAUACGCUGUCGGGCAGGUCGUUCAAUGACUUGACGCAAUACCCAGUGUUCCCGUGGGUGUUGUCCAACUACUCGAGCGAACAUUUGGAUUUAUCUGACCCGGCCAACUACCGCCCUUUGAACCAACCCAUGGGAGCGCUCAACCCCGACCGACUGGCCGAGUUUUGGGAGCGAUACCAUAGCUUUGACGAUCCGGUGAUUCCCAAGUUUCUGUACGGGUCGCACUAUUCGACGGCCGCGGGCAGUGUCUUGUACUACCUCAUGCGACUCCAGCCGUACGCGUCGCUGCAUAAACUGACGCAGGGCGGAUCGUUCGACCUGCCCGACCGCGUGUUCAAUUCCGUACGAGACGUCUGGAACAUGUGCAAUUCCAGCAUGUCCGAGGUCAAAGAGCUGACGCCCGAGUGGUUUUCGACGCCUGCUUUUCUGCGCAACGUCCAUCAGUACGACUUUGGCACGCGGCAAGACGGCAUCAAAGUGGGGGACGUGGAGCUGCCUCCGUGGGCCCAGAACGACCCCGACCAGUUCAUCCGUCUUCACCGCGCCGCCCUCGAGAGCGAUCACGUGUCGGCGCACCUGCACGAGUGGAUCGACCUGAUCUUCGGCUUCCAGCAGCGGGGCCCCGACGCGCUAGCUGCGAACAACGUGUUUUACUACCUGACGUAUUCCGGUCUCGUGGAUCUGGACUCGAUCGACGACCUGCACCUUCGCAACGCCAUGGAGCAGCAGAUUGCGCACUUUGGCCAGUGUCCGCAACAACUGUUUCGAACGCCACACCCGGCGCGCGGGCCGUCGUCGACGCGACCUCUGCAAGAGUACCCUCCGACCAUCACCAAGGCCCUGACGAGUAGCCUCGGCAUGUGUGCGGUCAAAGUGCUGGGCGACCGCGUUGUGGGGGUGAAUUCGCUGGGGGUGAUUGAGCUGCACCACUGGAAGCUCCAGAAAAGCAAAGACGGAGGAGACAAGUGGGCCUUCAAAACCGAACGGGACGCGAGUCCGUUCGACGUGGUCCCGCGCGUGCCCGUGUACGCGACGACCGCCGUCCCCACCGUCGCCAUUUCGUCACAGGGUCGCGUGAUCGUCAGCGGCGGGGCGCCCACCGGCACCGUCCACAUCCGCCUCGUCGACGUCGAGAAUGGCCACGUGAUGGCGCGGGCCAGCGUCGACGGACACGCCGGCGUCGUCACCUGUUUGGCCAUGGACGUCCUUGGCGACGACGAGUGUUUUGUCUCUGGGUCCACAGAUUGCUCAGUGCUGCUGUGGCAGCUGUCUCACAUGAACAGCCCGUUUCGACCCCCGCGGGUGUCGUCGUGUCCGUUGAUGGCGUUCCGAGGCCACAGGACCACCGUCUCGACGUGUGCGCUCAGCGUGCCGCUGGGGCUCGUCGUGAGUGCGUCCGACUCGAUGUGUUUGGUGCACAAUUUGCACUCGGGGGUCGUAUCCUUUGGCUUCAAGAGCCCGCCGCUUUCGUCGUUUCAAAGCGUUGCGAUUGCCUCGUCGGGAUACGUCGUUGCAUGUGCCAAGACGACCAACGACACGAGCGUGGUCCAAGUGUACAACUUGAUGGGGACGUGCAUUCGACAGCAUGCGAUGGAAUUGUGCACGGCGCUUCAACUGUCUAGAGACGGAUCGCUACUGACCGCUAGCCUCCCGCAGUGUCUUCGCAGCUACCGCGUCGACGAUUUUUCCGUCGCGGGGGAAUUCGCCCACCCCAAGGAACAUGCGAUGGUGUCGUGCUCGGACAUUGGACCCCACGAAGCCGACAUGCUGGCGGUGACGGGGCACGCGGACGGCAGUCUGGUGUGGCACGUGCUGCCGGACGCCGACGGGCACCUGUCCGUGUUGGGGUCGGUGGGGCGCUUCCUCAACCUCAAUUCCAAGCUCAAGGUGGUCAAGGGCACGGUGCAGCAGGCGCAGAAACUUGCGAUUUCCACCAUCGACAACGCCCACGCCGUGUCCAACACGGCCAAAGAUAUUGCCGACGAAGCCAAGUCCAUGAUGCAAACCAUCUUUGGGCUGUUCAAAUAGCAAACACAAUCUCUAUAUAUAUAUUAAUUAUACUAGUUACCAGUGUUUUAUUCCUAUGA